UAUUUGUUGAAAGAAGCAGUUGUCACAUGAAAAACUUUAUCAAGUCAUUUAUUUGUUUGUUUCCAGUAAUGACAGGAUCUGUCCUCCAUACCUGAGACUCCGUUCACUAAUAUACUGUUUACAAAAUAAAAUUACGAAAGUAGUAACGCAGAGUAACUUUACUCUGAUUAUUGAAAAGGGAAUAGUAACGCUUUAGAUUACUCGUUAUGAAAAGGCGGUUGGAUCAGAGUAGCGCGGUACCCGUAGUUUUGUCAUGCGCUUUCGUACUGAUAAAGUUCCACUUUGUAUAUCGUGACGUAGACCUGACUGCCUCCUCAGUGCGCAUGCGCAGCCUUGGCACACGUGAAACAGACGGCAUGGCAGAGAACACAGAAGUACCGUUGGACCGGGCUCAGGUGAAGAAGGCCGUCCAGGCUCUGCAGAGUUUCCUGAAAUCAAAGUCCAAGACAGAUGUUCUGCUGCUGGAUGACGGCCAGCCGAUCAGCCUGCUCUUCACCCUGUGGAAGAUCCCCAGACAGACGCAGACCAUCCGCAUUCCUCUGCCUCACGGCCAGCGCUCCGACACCGACGAGGUCUGCCUCUUCACCAAAGACGAGCCCAGAAUGUCGGCGGAGCAGACCCAGAGGUUCUACAAGAAGCUGCUGGAGGAGCGGGGCGUCAGAAACGUCUCAGAGAUCAUACCGCUUAAAACCCUGAAGAAGGAAUACAAGCCGUACGAAGCGAAGCGGCGGCUGCUGGGAAACUUCGACAUGUUCCUGUCCGAUGAGCGGAUCCGCCGCCUGCUGCCGUCGCACCUGGGGAAACAUUUCUACACGACCAAGAAAAUGCCGAUCUCCAUCAACCUGCAGAGCAACAAUCUGGGCCGAGACGUCCAGCGGCUCGUCCAGGGAACCCGACUGACCGUCACCAACAGAGGCUGCUGCAGCAUGGCGCGCGUCGCUCACUCCAACAUGACGGCAGACGAGGUGACGGAGAACGUGGAGGCGGCGGUCCGGACGGUGGCCGCCAAGCUGCGGAUGAAGGGAUCAAUCGUGAAGCUGAUCCACUUGAAGAGUCUGACUUCAGUGGCGUUGCCCACCUACCCGUCCGACCUGAGCCGCAUCAGCGUGCUGCAAAGAUCCAAGGAAAAUUCAAAAACAAAGAAGGUGAAGAAGAACGAGGCGGGAGACGAAACGACAAAGGAACAGAAGAAGAAACAGAGGGAUGAAGAGGAGGAAGAAGAGAUCCCACAGCUGGUUCCCAUAGAAACGCCCAGCAAAAGACCCAAAAUGGAGAAACCGAUGCAGAAACCAACCAAACCUGCCGCAGCAAAGAAGGUCACCACGGGGUCGAAGGUCACCACGGGGUCGAAGGUCACCAAGGUUUCGAUCAAAGCAACCAGGAAGGCCAGCAAGGCGGCGCAGACAGGAAGGAGAAAAGUCCCUAAAGGGAAAUGAUUCUCCUGCACAGACUGAGUUCACAGGAUCUGAUUCAGUUUCUGUUUGUGUCCAAAUCACCGAGUUAUUAAAUCUGUUUCUGAAAAUACCAGCAGCUGAUCCAGUUCCCUGUUUAACGUUUGAACAUUCAUGACUCGUUUGCAGGAAUAAAAAACAUUUUCGUUUUUAUUGAAAUGACAGAAGAUGAACGAAAUCAGAAUGUUUCUAUUUUACUGAACCUCAGAAAAUGGAAAAAUUAGAAAGUUUUAUAGUUUUGACUCAACAUUUAGCAUUUUCAUUUAUUUCUUGCAGGAAUUUAGGAGUUAUGGUCCCCAUAGAAAAAUUACAAAAAUUAAUUUAAAUUUUCAUGUGUAUAAAAAUUACAUGACUUUAUAAUAAUGUCAUGUAUGAAAUGGAUAAAAUGACAGUGAACUUUGACCUUUGAGCUUCUAAAAGGAUCACUAACGGCUAAAGUGACUGUCGGAGGUAACGGAGUUGUUCACUAACAAUUUCUCAAUUUUUCACAUAAUUCCUGAAAUAAAUGUAUGAAUCAGCUUUUGAAUCGGUUUUGAAUCAUUUCAACUCCAGUUUCUGAAAGAUUUUGAUAUUUUUUCUUGGAAAGUUGCAGUUUUAUUUAGAGUUUGUACCUUACUGGAGAUAAUAAAGCUCCAUUUGCUGUAUUGUUGGUUUAAUGUUAGAAUAAAUGUUUUUUGUUUUUGGA